GUUGCUCUGUUGCCCAGCUAGCUCAUUAUCAGGCAGCCAUCUUGGUCAACACCCACUCUGCUGUCUGUCAGAGGAGCAGCGACUCACUGCCUGCACACAGCCAAUCCUGUGAGGGCUAGCCGAACGAGAGGAGAGGGGCGAAGGCAGAGCCCACCAAAAGGAGAAGCUGUAAUUCCAGCAGAGCAGAGAUCUAGCGUUGUUAUCCCAGUAGCCAGGCCGCGCCCAGGCAGAGACCUAGCGUUGUUCUCCCAGUACCCAGGCUGUGCCGCGCUGCAGAGAGGAGAGAGGAGAGGGCAGGACUGCAGCUUUUGUUGAGACAGACGCACAGUGGUGUUUUUUCUCCUUACUCAUCCGUAAAGGCAGGAGUGCGUGAAGGGGGAGGAGGCACGGAGUGGAAGAAAAUAACGCCGUCCUUUCUUCUAUCUGAAGAGUUGGACACCGUUCUGUCCUCUUUCUCUCAUCUCUUCAGUCCUGUUCCACUGCUGUGGUUCGGCACAGAGAUUUUCUCUCCAUCCCCCUCUUUUCGGCCUUUGUGUCGCCUGGACAGAGAGAGCGUUCCUGCUUUGUUGCCAUUCUUCUCUCAGCCCUCUAUUCGCUGAGUCAUCAUGGCAGACGUGACUCCUCAGGCCGAUGCCCCGACCCCCACCACUGACAAGAUCACGCAAGCCGCCCGGGAAACCAUUUACCUGUGCAACUUCCGUGUGUCUGUGGACGGAGAAUGGCUCUGUCUCAGGGAGCUCAACGACAUCUCCCUCACCCCAGACCCAGAACCAGCCCACGAAGAUCCGAAGGACCCUAUAGCCAUUGAGCGGUUGAACCUGAUGAACAUGGCUAAGCUGAGCAUCAAGGGCCUGAUUGAGUCGGCCCUGAACCUGGGCCGAACCCUGGACUCCGACUACGCUCCGCUGCAGCAGUUCUUCGUGGUCAUGGAGCACUGCCUCAAACACGGACUCAAAACCAAGAAGACGUUCCUGGGGCAGAACAAGUCUUUCUGGGGGGCCCUGGAGCUUGUGGAGAAACUCACCCCUGAGGCUGGAGAGAUCACGGCCAGCGUCAAAGACCUGCCAGGACUCAAAACCCCGUUAGGAAGAGGGCGGGCCUGGCUGCGAUUGGCCCUGAUGCAGAAGAAGCUGUCAGACUACAUGAAGACCAUCAUCAACAGAAAGGACCUGCUCAGUGAGUUCUACGAGGCCAAUGCUCUCAUGAUGGAGGAAGAGGGAGCCGUGAUCGCCGGACUGCUGGUUGGGUUGAACGUCAUCGAUGCCAACCUCUGUAUGAAGGGAGAAGACCUGGACUCACAGGUCGGGGUGAUAGACUUCUCCAUGUAUCUUAAGGACGGGGUUCACAGCAGCAAGACAGUAGAAGGGGAUGGACAGAUCACAGCCAUCCUGGACCAGAAGAACUAUGUUGAGGAGCUGAACAGACACCUGAGUGCUUCAGUCAACAACCUGCAGGCCAGAGUCGACACUAUGGAGAAAUCCAACACCAAGCUCACAGAAGAGCUUGCCGUAGCCAACAACAGGAUCAUCACCCUACAAGAGGAUGUAGAACGAGUCAAGGAGGAGAGCGCCUACCAGAUAGAGUCAAGUCGCAAGGCGUCGCGGUCAGGGGACGGCUCGGCAGACGGCCAGGCGCCGCGGUCAGGGGACGGCUCGGCAGACGGCCAGGAGCUUGGAGAGACACGCAAACAGCUCAAGGAAGAAACUCUGCUACGAUUGGAUGUAGAGAAGGAGUUGGAGGUUCAGAUUGGUAUGAAGCAGGAGAUGGAGCUGUCUAUGAAGAUGUUAGAGACGGAUAUGUGUGAGAAACAGGAUGCUCUGGUGGAGCUACGCCAACAGCUGGAAGACCUCAGGACCCUUAACCAGCAGCUAGCACACAAGUCGCAGAGCUCGGAGGUGGGGGCCAAGCAGAAGAGUGAGGUCAUCAGUCGCCUAGAGGAGAAGACCAAUCAGAUGGCUGGGACUAUAAAACAGCUAGAGAUCAGUGAGAAGGACUGUGUGAAGCAGGCCAGAAGCUUGAGUUCCAACGCAGAGAAGCUGCUCCAGAAGCAGCAGUAAUGCUCCCUCCCCUCUACUCUGUUCCCCAAAAUGACACCCACAGCAUAGUUUCAUAAACCCUGAUCGAAAUCAUAAAACCAAUAUUUGCAUAAUAUAGAAAUGACUUAAAGCGAUACUUCAAGAUUUAGGCAUUGAGGUCCUUUAUCUACUUCUCCAGAUGAACUAGAGGAUACCAAUUGUAUCUCUCUGCGUGCAGUUUUAAAGGAAGUUGCGAACUAGCGCUGGCGUAAUUGCUAACUAACGUUAGGGCAGUGACUGGAAUGACGCUAUCGCGUCUGCUAGCAUAUACCAUAGACUUCCAGUCAUUGCGCUGACGCUAGUUAGUAAUUGCACUAGCGCUAGUUAGCAACUUCCUUCAAACUGCACGCAGAGACAUAAAAAUGGUAUCCAUGAGUUCAUCUGACUCUAGGGAAGUAGAUAAAGGACCUCAUGACCUCAAAAUCCUGAAGUCUCCCUUUAACUAGGGUAUUUAUUUUCUGGUAUGACAUCAUCUGUUGCGGUUCUUUUCCUUCUGAAGUGUUAAAUUACAUUUUCUUUCCUAAACCUCUACUCUCCUGACUGAGACGGUCUCUCUGGCUUCCUCUAGCCUCGAUUUCCGUUUUUCCAUGUGUUUUCUGUUGGUCUACUAGUAGUGUAGAGAUGGCUCCGUUCCGCUCGCUGGGUUUCACGACUUUAGCUUGGGUUCAUUCCGAAAGGAAUAAAGAUGUCAGAUCCCCACACGUAAUGAAUGUUCCCUGAUACAAGGCUUGGAGUUUGGGAUGUCAGCCAUUUUCAGCAAGAGAGAGGUGUGCUAUUCUGACAAAUCUAAAUGGAGGCUGUCGUUUCUUGUAGACCGACACCCUGAAUCCCCCUACAGUCAAGGAUUGGCAAAAAUGACAAAAUACCAUAAAGAUCAAUGUAUCAAAAUAAACUACAAAAUACUUGUAAAAUACAGACAUACAUUUGCAAGUAGCCGGCCCGAACAGCAGCAACAUUCUCAGCAAUGGUUACAGAAACGUUUUACUUGCUAUGACAGUGAUGUGUUGUUAUCUACUGACUGUAAAGGCGUCCGCAUGCUUCCCAUCCCGAACAGUUCGGAACAGUUCAUGCAUAUUUUGACCACAUUUUGUGCCGUUUUUUGUAAAAUUGCGGCACUAAGAUCUCCUCGGCAGAAAACUCAAAUCUGUCAUUAAUUGACGUUAUCUUAGAUUAAUUUGAACUAUUUUGAGGGAAGUGUAUAACUGGCUACGGCGUCUUAAGAUGGACAAACUGUACUAUUGCUGCUUUUUUCUCAUUUUUCAAGCGACGGUCUUUUAGGGGAGUAUGGAGCAGACUCGUUCAGCCAGGCGUCAGCCGAACCCAAGGAUGUGGAAGGCUUAAGUCGCUCUGGAUAAGAGUGUCUGCUAAAUGACCAAAAUGUAUAUGUGAAAAUGAACAUACCAAAAUGAACUGCAAAGCACACUGGGUAUUAUUAUUGGCCUUUUCUUUUCAGGGCGGAGCUCAUUUAAAUAAUACUCAGCAUGCUUUGCAAUUCUUCAUUUUUACAUAUUCAUUUAUAUUUAGUUCAUUUAGCUGACGCUCUUAUCACACCAUAACGCCAUCAGACUUCUGAUACCAAUGCAGGGUGAAAGGGGGCCACAAAAUUGUGAAUCGCUAUAAAAAAUUGUAUAGAAAAGUAUUUUGUAUUUCGAAAAUACAAAUUACAGCUUUCGAAAGUAUCUUGUUACAAAAUACAUUGGAGUAUAGUUCAGGACAGUGUGAUACAAAUGACAAAAUACAUAAAAGUAAUUGAAAUACAUAUUUAAUAUACUGUCCAUCUCUGCCUACUGUGGCAUAGGUCCUUAGAUUAGGCUAUAAAGGGUACGGCUCAGAGACAUUUACUAUAAAAAUACAGUGGGGUCUGAAAUUAUUGACACGCUUGAAUAAGAUAAGCAAUAAUGACUGUAGAAAAUAAAUAAUUCAAAUACUGAGCUAUAUUGUAUGCUCCAAAAUUUGGGGAAAUGAUUAAUUGUUUAAUUAUUAAUUGUAUUUGCAAGUAAUAUUUUUUUUCUUCUCAAAAAGGUAGGGGUCAAAAUUGACACCCCUGUUUUCAAUACCUUUCAAUACCUCACCUUGCAAGCAUAACUGCACUGAACCUUUUUCUAAAACGUUUUAUGAUUUGGAGAACACAUUGUGAAGGAUCUUAGACCAUUGGUCCAUAGACCAGCCACCAAGCCGAACUCAAGUCCUCCGUGGUCCUCUGUAGCUCAGCUGGUAGAGCACGGCGCUUGUAACGCUAGGGUAGUGGGUUCGAUCCCCGGGACCACCCAUAUGUAAAAAUGUAUGCGCACAUGACUGUAAGUCGCAUUGGAUAAAAGCGUCUGCUAAAUGGCAUAUUAUUAUUAUUAUUAAGUCUAACCCCAUGGUUAGUAAAGAUCUGGGCUCCUGCAACAUAACAGUAAUUACAGUAGUAUGACGUCUGGGCCAUACUGCACACACAUUUCUGCUUCCUCGUCUAAUCUGAAUUUCGUCAAAACAUAAAGAUCACCUUUAACAUUAAGAUCAUCGUUCUUCCGUUGCCUACCGAUGGACUUAACAUGAUCUUGGCGCUAAAGAUAUCUUUUGUUUUUGGGAAUCUCACCCCAGAGCACUGAACACCAUUGGACAACAACACAAAUCACCAUGGAAGGAUUUACUGGUUGUGUGAAAGGUCAGUCCAGGUCAGAAUGAGAACGCUAAAGUACUCCCAGAGAAAAGCAAGUCUAAAUGAAAUGAUGUGUAUGUGGAUUUAUUACCUUAGAUGUCAACUGUAGACAAUAAUAUUACCUUAGAUGUCAACUGUAGACAAUAAUAUUACCUUAGAUGUCAACUGUAGUCAAUACUAGCAUAAUAAAAAAUAUUCAAUCAAA